AUGGCUCAACAGAUGGUUCAGAGCAUUCCGGUCCCGACCUAUACAGGGGUGGGGGACAUCGAAGGGUAUAUCGAGCGCUUAGAGUGCUACUUCGAGCUGAUGAAGACUCGCACAGAGAGUAGAGUCCCUCUGUUGCUGUGUGGUCUGACGGCAGGUCAGUACCAAACGUUGAGAGACCUGGUGGCUCCCGAGGUUCCAAAAGAAGUGGCGUACGACACGCUCAAAGGGAGACUAAUCGAGCACUAUGGUUCUGUGAGGAACACUCGUUUAGAAAAAGCAAAGUUUCGGGCUCUUAGAAGAGACGAGAAGGAGAGCGUAGCUGAUUUCGAGGUGCGACUACGUAACGCGGUACGGUAUUGUGAGUUUACCGGAGAAAUUCUUAACGAGAAUCUGGUGGAACAGUUUAUCUCUGGGAUAAACCACCCAGGGAUUGAACGAAAACUUCUCCAAAAGGGGAGUUCGUUAAAACUCUCGGAGGCCGUACAAGAGGCAAGCGCAUUCCUUUUGCUUGAUGCAAAAAGCGGACGUGAGGGCCAGAGCGACACACCCGUAUCCGUGUCGGCGAUCUCAAAGGGAAAUGCGGUUGUGUGCUUCCGUUGCGGGAAGAGAGGGCAUGUUGCCCGUGAUAAGAGUUGCAAGGCCGUUGGCAAGAAAUGUAACGACUGUGGCGUCGUCGGACAUUUUGCGAAGAGCAAAUUCUGCCGGCUAGUAAGACCAGAAAAUAACUCCCAGUCGUCACGCGUUAGGAACGGCAGCCGUUCGCGACGUGGAGGCCGUGCGAACCAGAUCACCGACGAGCACGCCGAUACCAAACAGGAAAAGGCGGUAACACAUUUGUUUUCCGUAGAGGUUAGAAACGUAAAGGAAGCGCCCACGUGCGAGGCAGAGAUUAGGGGUCAACAGUGUCACGCCAGUCUAGAGACGGAAAUUAAGUCGAAGUUUACUCAGUGUUUCGAUGGGGAGGGUAAACUUAAGGGUACUAAGGUUAAGAUACAUGUAGACCCUGAUCGUGAGCCUGUAGCGCAACCGGUGCGCAGAUUGCCUUUCGGAUACCGAGAUAAAGUGGCAACUUUGCUGGAAAGGCUGGAAGCCGAAGAUAUCAUAGAGUCGGUAGAGGGGGUUGGUUCACGUUGGGUAAGCCCUAUUGUUGUAGUUCCCAAAUCGGACGGUGAUUUGCGAAUGUGUAUUGACUUCAGGAAGGUCAAUGAAGCAAUAAUUCGGGAGAGGUACACCAUUCCCACUAUGCAGGAAAUGCUAGCAGCAUUGAACGGGUCCAAGGUAUUUUCUAAGUUAGAUUUAAAGCAAGGAUUUUUUCAGCUAGAGUUGGACAAAGAAUCUCGCGAAAUCACGACCUUUGUUACUCAUGUGGGUUUAUUCAGAAUGAAAAGGCUUGGUAUGGGGAUUUCAUGCGCUCCUGAGUUGUUUCAGUACACAAUUCAGAAGGUUCUUGCAGGGUUACCUGGAGUGUUAAACUUAGCUGACGAUAUUGUUGUUUUCGGUAAAGACGAACGCCAACACAAAGAGCGUUUAUUGAGUGUUAUGUCACGUUUGUCGGAAAGCGGGUUGACACUCAAUCCAGGUAAGUGUCAGUUCGGAUUAAGUUCGAUCACGUUUUUAGGGCAUGUUAUCUCUGACAACGGGGUAUCAGCCGACCCAGGUAAGGUCGAGGCAAUAGUAAACGCCCGGGCCCCAAUGAAUGUGUCAGAAUUAAGGGGAUUCCUAGGUCUGGUACAGUAUGUCGGUCGUUACAUUCCGGAUCUAGCCACCCUGUCCGCUCCACUUAGAGCAUUAACGCGCAAAUCGGUUCCAUUUGAAUGGACCCAGAAACAGGAAGAUAGUUUUCGCGACAUCAAAAGGCUGAUGAGUGCUAGUGAGACGUUAGCAUAUUUUGAUAGAGAGAGCGAAACGACCGUGAUCGCUGAUGCGAGUCCAGUGGGAUUAGGAGCUGUCCUAGUCCAGAGAAAAGCAGGUGAGAACCGAGUAGUAGCGUAUGGGCAUAGAAGUCUAACAGAUGUGGAAAAGAGAUAUUCUCAGACAGAACGCGAAGCACUGUCAUUAGUAUGGGCUUGUGAACACUUCCAGAUGUAUUUAUUAGGUACAAAGUUCAAACUCAUAACAGAUCACAAGCCGCUCACUCACGUGUUUAACAACGCGAAUUCCAAAUCAACGCCUAGGCUAGAGAGAUGGAGCUUGAGGUUAGAGCCAUUUGACUUUGAGCUACAGUACAAGCCAGGUGAGUCUAACAUCGCAGACCCGAUGUCUAGGUUAAGUAGAGGUCCCAGAGAAAGCACUAAAGUGGAUGACACAGGAGAUUAUAUUGCAGCGGUAGUGAGGGAAGCUAUACCGAUUGCAAUGUCAUGGGAAGAGAUUAAAACCAGUUCAGAUAACUGCGAUAGUGUCGAAAACAUGAAGGAAGCUUUGAAAACAGGUAAGUGGGACAAGUGUGCAGCAAGUGUGAAGUCAGUGAGAGGAGAGUUGAGUGAGUGCGAUGGUGUGAUUUUGCGUGGAAAUCGGAUUUUCAUACCCUCAGACCUGCGAGAUCGAGUGUUAAAAUUAGCACACGAGGGUCAUCAAGGAAUUGUCAAGUGUAAGCAGAGGCUUCGAAGUAAGGUAUGGUGGUUAGGCAUGGACAAGGAUGUUGAGUUUAUGUGCAAAUCAUGUGAGUUAUGUCAGCUAGUGUCGAGCUAUGAUCCACCGGUACCUAUCGUUACGACCGAAAUGCCUAAAGGACCAUGGCAAUUUUGUAGUACGGAUCUUCUUGGACCGCUCCCCGAUGGUAGGUAUGUGAUUGUCAUCAUCGAUUAUUUCAGUCGAUAUUUUGAGGCAGCUAUGUUGAGAUCGACUAAGGCAGAGAACAUUAUCGAAUUCUUAGAUGCAACAUUUGCUAGGUAUGGGUAUCCAGAAGUGUUGAGGACGGAUAACGGUCCGCAAUUUAUCUCAGGUGAGUUCCAGACAUUUCUAAGGGCAGGUGGGGUGAAAUGGCUUUCUACGACUCCACUUUGGCCCCAGGCAAACGGUUUGGUAGAGAGAACUAACCGGUCGAUAUUGAAGGUGUUAAAGAUAGCUACUCAGGAGAAGGCAGACAUGCAGAGAGAGUUUAGGAAGUUUGUUGCGGCAUACCGAUCUACUCCACACGCGGGAACAGGGUGUACCCCAUUUUCGUUGAUGUUUGGGCGAGAAAUGCGCACAAAGCUUCCCCAGCUAGAUUUUACAGCUAGUGAUCCUGAAUUAGCUAGAGACAGGGAUAGAGAAUACAAGCUAAAGCUGAAGAAGCAUGCCGACAAGAAGGCUAAAGAGAGUGAGAUUAAAGAAGGAGAUACAGUGUUAAUGAGGAAUGAACAACAAGGAAAGUUAGAGCCAAACUUUAGACCAGAAAAGUACAAAGUGGUAAGUAAGAAUGGUUCUGAUAUUGUUUGCGAAAGUGAGACUGGAGGCACGCUAAGGCGAAACGUUCAAUGCGCUAAGAAAGUGCCAGAGGCAACCAGUGAGGAGGUAAGUAAGGAGAACCAGGGUAACCCGGAAUUAAUCCAAGACCCUAUAGAAAGCAACCCUCCUGUAGACCAACCUCCCGAACCGCCUUCGAUACGCACAAGUGUUCGAGCCCGCCAGCCUCCAGCACGGUUGAACGACUAUCUCGUGUAUCAAUAG